GUGACCUUUAAACCACUUCGUCUUAAAGAUGGCGGCGAAUGUUAGGAGUGGAGUGCUUGAGCUGUACCAUGAAGGCAAAUGGUCACGCGUACUUGCAAGUCUAGAUGAGGAAACUAUAACUAUUAGUGUAGAAGAAAACCUCGAAGUAAAUGGAAGGGUCGGUGUCUCAAAGCUUGAUUCAACGUCGUCUCAAGGUGGCGAUUUUCAGGUACCAGAGCAUGUCCUAAAUCAAGUGAGGAUGGUUCGGGUUAUUAAGCAGGAGGUCGGUGGUUUAGGAAUCAGUAUAAAAGGUGGCCGUGAAAAUAAAAUGCCAAUACUUAUAUCAAAAAUCUUUAAAGGUCUUGCUGCUGAUCAGACGGAAAGCCUUUACGUUGGAGAUGCAAUUUUAGCUGUUAAUGGCGAAGACCUCCGUAAUGCUACACACGAUGAGGCAGUACAAGCAUUGAAAAGAGCCGGGAGGGAGGUAGAACUUACGGUCAAAUACUUAAAAGAAGUGACACCAUAUUUUAGAAGAACCAGUUCGCAAUCCAGUGGAGAGACGUCACCAGGUGUGAAUGCAGCUGGCAGGCAAAACUGGACAGAGCUGCGAAAGGUGACUCUGAAAUUGUGUUAUAUCACGAAGCAGAUACUGACGAGGGGGAUAGAAAAUGAUGGACGUGCAUUCGAGUUAUACACCCCUGAUGGACGACUGGCAUUUCUAAUGAGGUGCAAGGAGACAGCAACUGCAACACAAUGGUUCAAUGCCAUUUAUGCAAACGUCAACAGGCUGAAAUCAAUUGCUUUGGAAGAAGCAAAUGAUUUAUUGAAUAGUCCUGGCAACAGAGAGGUCAGAACAAUGGGGUGGCUUGCAGAACAAGUGCAAAUGCCAGAUGUCAGAAGACUUGAAUGGAAACCAGUGUUUGUUGCACUAACAGAUAAAGAUGUUCUUUUAUAUGAUGUAGUUCCUUGGUCUUGUGAUGACUGGGCAUCUCCAUACAUCAGCCACCCACUUCUUGCUACUCGGUUAGUACAUUCUGGUGCAACAUCUAACAGUGCUCUUCAAGGAGCCGAGCUCACAUUCAGUACUCGAACUGGAACAAAAAAUGGUGUUGAGGCCCACCUGUUUAGAGUUGAAACCCCAAAAGAGCUGACACAUUGGGCAAGAGCACUUGUUGACAGAGCUCACAAUGCAGCUGCACUUAUCAAGGAAAUCAAUUGUGCUGUAAGCUCGGAUGCGCAAGAAUGUCGAUUAACAAUUCACUGGGAAAAUGGUUUCACGCUGUCAAAUACAUCUGGUUUUGAUGAUGGGCGUUUAUCUUUAAUCUGGCAUUAUCCAUUCGAAAAAUUGAGAAUGUCCUCUGAUGAUGGAAAGCGUUUGUUGUGGCUGGACUUUGGCGAGGAAGAUGGCGAAAAGGAGUUAGAUUUGCAUGGAUGUCCAAAACCAGUCGUCUUUGUCCUGCACACCUUCCUGUCUGCAAAAACUGCUCGGCUUGGCCUGUGUAUCUAGUAAGAAUAUUCAAUUAAUCCUUGCCGCCUCUGUUUACAGUUCCUAUUUCAUUUAUCGAAUUGCAUUGUCAUCCAUGUAGUCAUGGGGGUGAUAUGUUAAGAACGUCUGUUUCAAAUUGAGCAACCAAUAUCUUUGGUAGUAAUUUUUGUUGAGCAGCAAUCAAUGCAUUCAUGCAAUUACCCAACAGAUCCCCUCCAAAUUUCGAUCAUUCAACGUUUAGCCUAGUUGGAUGUCGCAGAGGGAUUCUAAGUUUUCUUCAAAAAUCUUAACAAUUAUUUUCAUAUAUACGUAUAUAUAUACAAACAGCUGUGUGAAAAAUGUGUCUUUAGUCUAUUGUACUGUUGCUAGUAUCCCUUUUAUGUGUAAAAUGCGAGAAUUGCAUUUGAAUUUGAAAUUUCACGAAUUACCAGUAAUUUGUUAACCCACAUGUUUUCUUGCUGUUUUAAUGAGCUGUCAGGCCUUCGUAUCCCGGUUGCCUUAAAUUUGCGACAACAUAUUUUGAACUGUUCUGUAUGCUUUAAUAAAGACUAUUCACAUUAGCUGUGAAAAGGCAGAGACCUUUCUAGAAUUUUUUUACGUUUGUGAAUAGAUAUACCGCUCUUUGUUCAAUACAUUAAUGAAAUUUACAAUGGAUUUAAAUUCUGUUGUUACUCAAUUAAAUACAGUUGCGUUUCUACUAUUGUUACUGUUUCACGUAAAGUCGAUAUGUUCCUAAUGCGCUGAACAUUGGUCGCGUUUUGAAAUGUGCAGUUAAAAGUCGUUUUUGUUUCUUAAAAUUGCUUGUUAAGCAUUAAUUAUGUUCAUUAUUUCAGACUUUAGACAUGCUUCUCAAUUCAUAUGAUAUCUGAUGGUGAGAAACUAUUCUGGUUAUUAAAAACCCAAUAAGGAAUUUUCAAACUGUUUUAAAUACCCAACAGGUGCUCAGAAUACCAUUAAUAACUAUGUGAAUUGCACGGCUAUUCACUUUUUAAAGGUUGUCAUUUUCUUGGCCCUUUAGCACUUUACGUUUAGCUUAACAAUGGUGCAUGUUCACUCAUUUUCAACAACAUUUUGCCUUGAGCAAAUCACAUUCCUCUAUAGAUGACUAAAUGAAGAAAAUUUGUCUCGUUAAAGAUCACAAACGCUCCUUCAAAAAGCCAUUCAUCAGUAUUAGUUGUGAUUUCCUAUGUAUGGAUAAAACGUACAGUAUAUGGGAAGUUGUCCAUUAAUUGCAUAAUGCACAAUAAGUAGCUUUGGUCUGUUGAAGUUGAGAACCCGAGGACUAAUUUUUUUAGCCUUAGAGAAUAAUGCCAAAGGGUCAAAGGUUUUCCCAGAAAAAAACGUAGUGAAGGAGAAGGCAAUGCUCCCAGGGAAACUAUGCAUGACCUAUGUUACAUUAUAUCUGUGCUAACUUGACCCUUCCUUGAAAUAAGUACAUUCAGUAUAAGGUGAUGGUGUACAUUGAAUAUGUAGUCUUUCCCAACUGUACAUAUAAUUCUUAUUAGUCCAACUUCGUUAUGCUUUCUUUUGGAAUCUUUAUAUUACCUUAAACCACAAGAAGCGCAACUGUUCAUUUUUUAUCAGUAUGUUAAGCACGUUAUCAAAUGUGUAGCAGUUAUUUAGUGGAGCAAUGUGACAGAAUCUAUACAGUCAUAUAAAUUUACUGCUAUAAUGAAAA